AUGCCCGUUUUGAUGAGUGGAAAGAAAAAUAUACUAAGGGCAACAAAAGAAAAACAACUCUCUGAGAUGCUUCCUAGAAAACGUCUUGACUACACCGUGAUACAUGGAAAGGAUGGGAAUCUAACAUUCAAAGUAACUAUGGAAGUAGAAGAGAUUCCCAUUAUGAUAGAACUUGACAAAGAGAAUGAAAAGGAAAAAGGUGUAAAACUCACUCAGCAUAUUUCUGCAGAGGCGCUGUGUAGCCCCAGCAGAUCAGCCUUUCUCACAGGCAGAUACCCAGUCCGCACAGGUUUGGAAAUCUAUAUCUCCCGCAAAAAUUAUGUCUUCUCUUCACUUGGGGUCAAAGGAGGGCUCCCUCUGAAUGAAACUACAUUUGCAGCCACCCUAAAAAGGCAAGGUUAUAGCACAGCACUAAUAGGUAAAUGGCAUCAAGGUUUAAACUGUAAAUCCCGAAAUGAUUACUGCCAUCAUCCUAACCACUAUGGGUUUGACUAUUACUAUGGCAUGCCACUCUCACUCGCUGGCUCCUGUUGGCCAGAUCCUUCCCGGCCCACUGAAUUAGCCAUAGAAAGUAAACUUUGGUUCGGCAUGGAGCUAAUCAUCAUUGCUGUGCUUACACUGACUGUGGGAAAAUUAAUUGGGUUGGUCUCCAUAUCCUGGUGGUUUAUUAUCGGCAUUAUCUUAUUUGGCUUCUAUAUGGCCUUUUCUUGGUUCUCCAGUCUUCAGAUACCUAUAUAUUGGCAAUGUAUUCUCAUGAGGCAACAAGAAAUAACAGAGCAACCUAUGAAGGCAGAAAGAACUGGCUCAAUUAUGCUGAAGGAGGCAGUUUCUUUUGUUGAAAGAAACAAAGACAGACCUUUCCUCCUAUUUUAUUCUUUUUUACAUGUCCAUAUACCUCUUCCCACAACAAAUGAGUUUUUUGGAAGAAGCAAGCAUCGUCUUUAUGGAGACAAUGUAGAAGAGAUGGAUUUUUUUGAAUGUGAGCUCACUGAAAGUGGAAAAGGAAUGGCAGGAUGGGAAGGUGGAAUUCGAGUCCCAGGGAUUGUUAGAUGGCCAGGAAUAUUGCGGGCUGGAAAAGUUAUUGAGGAACCUACAAGUCUGAUGGAUAUUUUCCCAACUCUAACUGCACUAGUAGGAGCAACUUUACCUCAAGAUAGGGUGAUUGAUGGCCGGGAUCUAAUGCCUUUAUUGAAGGGAGAAGUUGAACAAUCAGAGCAUGAAUUCUUGUACCACUACUGUGGUGUAUUUUUACAUGCUGUACGGUGGCACCCAAGGAACAGUAGCACAGUUUGGAAGGUUCAUUAUGUGACUCCAGUUUUCUAUCCUAAAGGAGCAAUAGGUUGCUAUGAUGUAUUAUACUGUCCAUGUACUGGCGAAAACGUUACUCAGCAUGAUCCACCUUUGUUGUUUGACCUCUCAAGGGAUCCUUCUGAAUCUAACCCCCUUUCUCCAGAUAAUGAACCCCAAUAUGAUUCAGUAAUAAAGAAAGUAGCAAAUGCAGUGGAGCAGCAUAAAAAGACGCUCAAAGUUGUCCCAGAGCAACUCACUUUGUAUAACGAUGAUAUAGUAGGGCUGAGGCCAUGCUGUGGUGUUUUCCCAUUUUGUUUCUGUGAUAAGGAAAUUGAAAAUUCAACUAUAAAAAUAUAACCA